CUUCUGUACCCCCAGGCAUCCUUUUACAUAGUUGCGCCCCGCGCACACUGACGUCACGUGCACGCACGGGGCACAACCAGUCAAAGCCCAUAUUUCUUUUAAGGGGCCUGUGUCGGAGGACUGGAUUAAAAAGGCCAGCGGGCUGGAUGUGGUCCACGGGCCAUAGUUUACCCACCCCUGUAUUAGUCUAUGAUAACCCAACCUUUCCAUGAUAACCCUAAAGAACCUAACGAAGGAGAGGUGGGCACUGGGCACAUAGAGUAAAGCAAGAGGGCUCCUUCAUUAUUAUUAGUUACAAUUGGCAGUUCUAUAAUGGUGUUACUGGGUAUCUCCCUAGAUGCAACACCAUCACUGACGUUUUCAAAGCCUACAGCAAUCUGUCCUGUAACGGGAUGGAGGGUCGCUAUGUGAGUGUGGUGAUUCCCGGGCGCAGGGAAUAUCUCACCCUCUGUGAAGUGGAGGUUUAUGGGGAGAAGCUUGCCGACCCCACAGGAGUUAAUCUGGCGAGACUUGGGGAAGCUUGGCAAAGCUCCAAUUACGAGUCAUACCCUGCCGAGGCAGCCAUCGACGGCAUCAAAGUGACCGAUCUCUUCACUCACCCCUGUACCCACACGUACAUCGAUAACCCGGCCUGGUGGCGGCUGGACCUGAAGAAGAGGUACAAAGUCCAGACAGUGAUCAUAGUGAACAGAGGGGACUGCUGCUGGGAACGUCUCUUGGGAGCCGAGAUUCAUAUUGGAAAUUCCGCAGAUGAUAACAACCCAGUGUGA